AUGAGUCAACAUCCAACACCUGCUACCUCGGUUAAGUUAGUUUUAUUAGGAGAAGCUGCUGUAGGGAAAUCGUCGUUAGUUUUGCGAUUUGUCUCCAACGAGUUCCAAGAGAAUAAGGAACCAACUAUAGGAGCAGCAUUUUUAACACAGAAGUGUACUGUGGGAGACCGUACUAUUAAAUAUGAAAUCUGGGAUACAGCUGGACAAGAGAGAUUUGCAUCAUUGGCUCCCAUGUACUAUAGAAACGCACAGGCUGCCGUUGUUGUUUAUGAUAUAACCAAACCUUCGUCUUUUAUAAGAGCCAGACAUUGGAUAAAGGAAUUAAAGGAUCAAUCACCGGAAGGUAUUGUAAUUGCGUUGGUCGGUAAUAAAUUGGAUUUAGAGGAUGAGAGAAAGGUGGAGGCUAGUGAAGUAGAAGAAGAAGCAAAUUCACAAGGGUUGAUGUUUUUCCAAACAUCUGCCAAAACAGGAGAAGGUGUGUUAGAGGUUUUUGAAGGUAUCGGCAAGAAUAUCAAGAUCGGCGAUACAUCACAAGCAACUUCAAACAACAAUGGUAUAAAUAGAAUAGAUUUGAAUGCUGAAGCUCCAGCAAAUACCAAUACUGGCUGUUGUAGUUAA